UUUCAGUUUUUGUCAGUGAGUACAGAAACAGGAACGGCUCAUUAUCAGAAGCAGGAAGUCAAAUGUUCAUUUCACUGUCUUUUACUCACUCUGGCGGUCACAUGGCUCUUCCUCCGAUGCUCUUUGGUGUUUUACUUUACACUGCAGGAACUCUGAGCAUGAAGACAUUAGAUCAUGUAACUGUGAGAGAAGGAAAAACUGUUACAAUCCCGUGUCUGUAUGACAGUCAGUAUAAACUGAACCCAAAAUACUGGUGUAGAGGGCCUUAUUGGUUAUCUUGCCAAAUCACAGCCCGUGCAAAUGAUAUAGGGAAAUGGACAAUAACUGAUUAUCCAGCACAGAAUAUUUUUAUUGUGAAACUCAACAAUCCAACAUCCUCAGACUCUGGAAAUUACUGGUGUGCUGUGGAGAUCGGCACUUAUACAAAUCCAGAUGAUAAAAAACAUUUGUAUUUAACUGUUAAACAAGCUCCUGAUGUGUCUGUGAUGAACAGCAGUGUAUCUGGACAUGAAGGUGGUAAUGUCAGUGUCCAGUGUUUCUACAGCUCUGGAUAUCAGUAUAAACUCAAACAGUGGUGCAGAUAUAAAGAUCAGAGCUGUUACACAGUGGGGAGGACUGACACAUCCCAGAAUUCAUCAGUCCAGAUCAGUGAUGAUGGGAGAAGAUCCUUCACUGUGUUGAUGACUGGACUGAGACUCAGUGAUUCUGGAUGGUAUUACUGCUCAGUACAAGAUCUGCAGGUUCCUGUUCAACUCUUUGUUACGAGGGACAAUAAAUAUAAAAAUACAACUGAAAGUGAUAUAAGCUCUGAUCCUUCUUCCUCUACAAGUGAAAACCACCAUACAGAGGUCACCUCAUCUGAACACAGAGAUGGGAUUUUUCUGCUGCUCUGGACUGCUGUGCCGCUACUUCUGCUUCUGAUGCUGGUUUUGGUGAUCUGGAGGAUUGUACAAAAACGCAAUUUGCCCACACAAGGACCAGACGUCUGUUCUGAGACAGAAGUUCCUGUGACGUAUGACACAGUGGUCUUCAAGAAAGGAAAGGACAAUGAACAAAACCAGGUCUCGAAUAGCUGUCCUCCUGACCAAGAAGAAGUGAUCUACAGCACUGUGAAACAUCACUAAUAACAGAUGAUCUCUGACACACUGGCGAUUCACAUUAUGCAUAUUACAAUCUCCAGUAAUGGCAUCUUUGUCUGUUUUACAUCAUGUAACUUUUCCUUUAAAGCCACAAAGGACGUGACAAAGAAAAAGAGGAACUUCCAGCACAUGUUUUAAAAUGUGUUGUUUGCAGUUUGAUAGGUCAUGGUUGUGUCAGAUUAUCGUUUUACUAUUAAGAGUUUUGCCACAACUGCAAACUGCAAGUGUGAAAGUGUCACCUAGGCCUAUUUAUUAGCAUAUGUUUGCAGAGGUACAUUUUCUUCUGCUUUUCUACUUUUAUUCUUAAUCGAUGUGAGAAGUAAAACUGAAACACAUCAUGACCACAUCAGAGAGCAACACAAUCCGUUCCGUAAGAUUUGUUACACCACUUCAGAAAAAACCUGAAAAAAAUACACUGAUUACUCAGUAUUUGGCUGUGCAAUAAAGGAUUUUUUUGAGCUGCUAAAUAUUUUAGCAUUAUUAUUGUUGAUUGUAUAAAAACAUGUUAAAACAUUUUCUCCUUUUCCAGAUUAAUAUUUGCUGUAAGCCAUUUGUAGGUUGAUUUUCUCAAAAACUGUAUGUGAAAUGCAUGGGAAGUAUUUCAAUCUGUACAUCAAGAAAUAUUUUGCUUAAGAAAUAAUGCCGUUGAAAUGUAGGCUAUGUAUCAUAUUAAUACAUAAAAAAUAAAUAUACUGUAUAUAAAA